AUGAGAUCUGCAGCCUGUGUUCAGUCUGAAAGUCCUGGUCCAAGUUCUAAUUUUAUCAAUCCUAGUCCUUUUGAAGUUGUUGCCCAUGGGUUUACUAAGGAACAAUAUCAACAUCUUAUGACCUUGCUUCAGCAUGUCAACAUUUCUACUCCUUUCUCCUAUCAUGACAGCAUUGCUACUGACAAUAUAAAAUUUGCCAAGUUUGCAAGUGUGUACAACCACCUUGAGGGUCCUUCUCUGAGUAGGCCUCUAGUAAUUCGCAAGGCUGCAAAUGGACUGUAUUUUCUACAUUCAGCCGGUGGAUACUCUCCUGUUUAUAUUUCCAAAAUUCCUUCUCAUGUCCUUAUAAAUGUCUCCUCUUUUGAAAAAUUGCAUGGUUAUGCCCCCACUUAUGAUCAUCUUAGAUCUUUUGGUUGCCUCUGCCAUGAUGUCAGUCCCAAGCCUGGCAGAGAUAAGUUUCAACCCAGGUCUAUUUCUGCUAUUUGUUUGGGUUAUCCUUAUGGGAAGAAGGGAUACAAAUUGUUGAAUUUAUCUUCCCACUCUAUUUUCUUUUCUAGGGAUGUUGUGUUCCAUGAGCAUAUCUUCCCCUAUCAGUCUUCCUCUUCUUCUGAUCCUUCUUCCCCUCCCAUAUUUGUUGAUAUCCUUUCUCCACCAUCUGUUACUCCUUCCCCAUCCUCUUUCUCCCAUGUCUCUUCUCUUGUAUGUCCUCUUUCCCCUUCCACUCUUACUCUUGUUCUUCCUCCUACUUCUAUCUCUUCCUCUUCUUCUUCUACCUCUCAUCCUUCCACGUCUUCACCUACUGUCUCUGUUCCUGAACUUAAAAGAUCUUGCAGAACUGUCCAAGCCCCUGCUUAUCUUGGGAACUAUGUCUGCAAUUCUGUUAUACCUUCCUCCCUUUCCCCUUAUGUGUCAUCCAAGGUUCCUACAAUUGAACUACAUCUAGGCUAUAUUUCAAGAAAAAAUGACAACUCCUUAUUUACAAAGGCUUCUGGUGUUUCUCUAAUUGUGGUAGCCAUUUAUGUGGAUGGCAUCCUCUUAGCUGGAGAUAAUCUUAUUGAAUUGAAUUCUCUGAAGGCUUUCUUGGAUAACCAAUUCAAGAUUAAUGAUUUAGGUGUUGUCCAUUAUUUCUUGGGUUUGGAAAUCACUUCACACCAACAGGGGUACCUCAUGAGCAAACAUAAGUACACUUCUGAUCUCUUGGCUGAGUUUCAUUGUGACAACUUCACCCCUGUUUCUACUCUCUUGGAUUCCACUGUUAAACUUGUUGCUGAUAUGGGAGAUCCUCUUUCUGAUCCUACUAAAUUCAGGAGAUUGGUAGGCAAACACAAUUUCCUACAACAUACCAAACCUGGCAUAUCUUUUUUUGUCCAACACCUCAGCCAAUUUUUGCAAUCUCCCCAUGUUCCUUACAUGCUAGUAGCUCUUCAUGUUCUCAGAUAUCUCUUAAAUGCUCCUACCCAAGGGAUUCUCCUCUCUACCAGCUCUGAUUUGUCCUUAGCAACUUUAUCAGACUCUGAUUGGGCUGUCUGUCCUAUUUUUAAAAGAUUUGUCACUGGUUUCUAUAUUACUCUUGGAGGCAGUCCCAUUUCAUGGAAGAGCAAGAAACAACCUACUGUCUCUCUCUCCUCAGCUGAGGCUGAGUAUAGGUCCUUGAGGAUGGUGUUAGCUAAAAUAUCUUGGUUGGUUCGACUACUAGGUGACUUUUAUUUGUCUAUUUAUGCUCAUGUUCAUCUGUUUUGUGAUAGCCAAGCAACCUUACACAUUGUUAAAAUCCAGUUUUCCAAGAGCGCACCAAACACAUUGAAGUUGAUUGUCACUUUGUAA